AUGUACUUCGAUGGAGCUUCAAACUACCAUGGAAAUGGGGUUGGAGUUGUAUUCAAAACUCCUUGUGGAGAAUACAUCCCGAUUGUAGUCAAAUUAGAUUUCGACUGCACCAACAAUGAAGCCGAGUAUGAGGCUUGCAUAAAGGGGUUAGAAGCAGCCCUGGAAAAAGGAAUAAAGAUCCUCAAAGUUUUCGGAGAUUCCAAUCUGAUAGUCUCUCAAGCUCUUAGGAAAUGGAAAAUUAAGGAAGAGCAAGAGGAUCGAGUCAUUCGACCCUUGACAGUGCAGCUACAGAAACAGCCAGCACAUAUCAUGAAUUUGGUCGACGAUAAGCCCUGGUAUUGGGAUAUACGGAAUUAUCUUCAGAACGAAGUUCACCCAGAGGGAUCCACCAAAACUGAUCAACGGACAUUGAGACAACUAGCAUCCCGAUAUUUCCUUACUGGGGGAGUUCUUACAAAAGAAGUUGGAAUGGCCUGCACCUAA